AUGGCCUCCGAAGACGAAGACUACUUCCUCCCACCAGAACAACAGCGCCCCUUCAGCUCCGGCAUCCGGCGCAAACGCGUGCAGUUCGUGCGUUCCUCCAAUCUAGACACCACAACUGCUCCAACUCCCUCCUCUUCCUCCGGCACCAGCAUCGCAGACAAAUACCUCUCUAUUGUGAUGAGCCAACCAGCCCCAAACACAUCACCAAACACACCAAUCCAACACGCGCCGUCGUCACCACCAAUCCGCACACACUCCGCGCCGCCAGCCUCAGAUAUCAUCCCGCCUCCACCCACAGCGCCCGCACCAGAAUACUGCGACGUGUGCAAGCUACCUAUCCCAUCACAAGCACCAGGAGACACAACAGACCAAAGGGCCCGACACGAAGCCUCUCUCGCGCACCAAAUCUGCCUCACUCACUCCCACCCGCCGUCGCAUCUCGACCGCACGCGCACAGGUCUCCGAUACCUCUCUACCUACGGCUGGGAUCCUGAUAGUAGGCUGGGGCUCGGUGCAUCGGGCCGUGAGGGUAUUCGUGAACCUAUCAAACCUCGCAUCAAGCGUGAUACGGCUGGGUUGGGGACGGGUCUUGAUCGGGAUGGAGAUCCGCUGCCGCCUAGACCGGCGCCGCCAGUGAAGGUGCAGAAGCUUAAUUCUAAGCAGGCGCGGAAUAAAGCUGCGGAGGAUAAGAAGAGGGCGGAGAGGAUCAGGAAGGCUUUUUAUCAGAAUGAUGAGGUUUCGAAGUAUCUUGGGGAGGGGGUUUAG